AUGCAUCUAGAUUCCAUCGAAGAGACGUCGUACAUGGACGGCGAGGUUCGGGAAUAUCCGCAGCCGACAACAAGCCCCUACAAAGCCCCCGUCGUCACUCUCAUCAUCGGCCGGGACGAAUACAUCAUCCCGGAGUUCUACCUGCGGCAAUUCCCCCAGCUACGCAGAAGCCCCAAGGCCUUUGAGCAGGGCUACAACCCCAGUCUGAAGUUUGUCUCCACUCUCGACGUCGACGAAGACAUCGGCCACACCCUCGUCCACUACCUGUACACAGGCGAAUACGAAACUCUCCGCGACGGCCCGGACCCCAGCAUCCCCCGGCGAACGAUAGAAUACAGACGCAGCGCGUUUGCCUACCUGGCCGCGAGGAAAUAUGGUCUCGGUGGACUGGAGGCGCACGCGAAGCAUUACAUCGAAGUGUUUGACCGCGAUGUGCCCACGCCCGACAUUCUGCGGAUCGCGCGGAGCAUCUACUCCAAGCUGCCGCGGGACGAGACGUGGUUCCCGGACUACAUCCGGGUGAAGAUGGAGGAUGAGUUCGAGGCGGACGACGCGGUGUUCAAGCGGGAGUGGUUUCUGAAUGGCAUUGGACGGGACGCGUCAUUUGACCGGCUGCUCGUGCAGAUUAUGGCGGAGAUCUACUCGGAGAAGUUGGCGGCGGUGAAUUUCCGGCGACUCGAGAACGGACGCCAUAUUGUGCAUUCGAUGGCGAAUGGGGAUGCGGUGCGGAUUGUCGAGGAGACGAUUCCCGAGGAGCCGGAGGAGGAGCCUGCGUUUGAGGAUGUCGUGCCGGAGGUUGAGCCUAGCCAUGCGUAUGACGGGUCGACGGAGGACGAAGGCACUGCUGCGUACAGUGGUAAACGAGAGUCAGAGCCGGUCAGCAAGGACUGGCCGCUCACACCGUCGCCGCCUCCCUCUGCUUCUUCGCCGCAUCCUACCGACGAGACCAUCGCCGUCGAUGAGCAGCCUUCCUUUCCGAAACCUGAGCCCCAAACUCACCCCGAGCCCGACGAAGAGCGCAAAGAUGACAACUGGGGCGCCUGGGCGCCGCUCCGCAAACGAGAUAAGAAGAAGAAGAAAAACAAGAAGCUCAAGAUUGUCGAGCCGGAGGCUGAACCCAGAGCGGACGCCGCGAAGGAAAGGUGGCCGGAGGUUCGCCACGUUACGUCUGAUGAGUCGUAUGGUUUUGGGCCGCCGACGCCCCUGAGUCCAGUUUAUGAAGAGGAGGUGCCUCUACCCCUGAGGCCAGCUUCGGCGUCUCUUCUGGAGGGGCCGAGUUAUUGA